AUGGAGGCCCUUAAGAAAAAAUACGGAGUACACCACCGACUUUCUACUCCGUAUCACCCACAAAGCAACGAGCAGGCAGAAGUUUCCAGCCGGGAGAUAAAAAGUAUUCAGGAAAAAACAGUUAACCCGUUGAGGAAAGUUUGGAGCAGACGGUUGGAUGAUGCACUCUGGGCCUACCAGACUGCGUUUAAAACUCCCAUUGGAAUGUCGCCCUACAGGCUAGUUUUUGGCAAGAUGUGCUAUCUCCCGGUCGGUGUAGAACAUAAGGCGUACUGGGCAGUCAGGGAGAUGAAUAUGAAGCCCCAGACCUGUGAGGAGGAGAGGAAGCUCCAACUGCAAGAGCUGGAGGAAUUCAGGCUUGAGUCAUAA